UAUAAUGGUGUUAAUAAUAUUGCCAUUGUCGCCAUAUUAUUAUUGUUUGAAUGAUGAUAAAUCGGCAUUAUUAUUGACAAAUCCACCGCCAUAUAAACCGUAUUAUAGAUUUCCAGAUCAAUGUCCUGAUUUGAAAAAAACAGAAAUUGAAAUUACAAAAGAAACUUUAAGUGAAGAAUAUUAUAAAUGUCAAUCUAAUCAUAUUGAACGAUGGCGAAUAACUGCUGAUCAUUAUUACACGGAAAGCGAACAAUUCUGUUGUUUUAUAUGGACAGUAUUAUCAUGUGAACAGCCAUUAUUAGCCGUAUGUAAUAGAACUUAUUCACAAUUGAAUGAUGAAGAAACGAAACGUUUAUUUCGAAAAUCUUGUGAUCAAUAUACUACCUGUGAUGAUGGAAAUAAAUCCGGUACUGAUUGGACAUUAAUUUUAACAAUUGGUGGCAUAGUUGUAACGGGUUUAAGUUUACUUGGCACUGCAACUUAUGCUAUUAAAAGAUUCAGAAGUUGGCGUAAAUAUCGAAAUAUGGAUAAAGAGGCUUUGGAUAAAUUAAAAAAUGUCAAUUCAUUUUUAAAUGAACGAAUCGAAACAGAAUAUUCGAAACUUACAACAGAGGCUGAUGCACGAGAAAGUGUUGCUAAUCUGGAUGGUAGUGGUGGUGGUAGAUGGCAAUUCAUUAAAAAUUUGGAUAAAUUAGGUGUCGGAAAAUUCUUUCGGAAUAUGAAGUUGAAAAAACAAGCUAGAACAAAUGUUUAUAAGGAUUUAGAUGAACGACCAAAAGAAUUUUGGCAAUCAUUUUUUGAUGCUAAUAACAUUAACGAAAUUCCAAUCGAAGAUGAUAGAAAAUCACAAUUGUCAACAGGACAAUUGUCUGAUAGCGGCGUCGAAGCCGAACCAGGACGAUUGAGUAAAUUUUUUCAAUCCUUCAAUUUUUGGAAAAAGACACCAGAUUUAACCGGAUUAAAGGAUGUGGCGAGUGAAACGGGACAAGGUCUGAAUGAAACUUUGGAAAACUUAGCAGAAACAACUGCUGAUGGUUUGAAAAGUGCUGCCGAUAUCGCAUUACCAGUUCUUACUGAGGGCACAAAAGCUACGGCACAAACAACAUGGUGGAUGACAAAAUUUUUGGCUAAAGUUGGAUUUGAAACUGGUAAACUUGGAUUGAAUGUUACUAGAGCUGUAGUAUCACCACUUUCUGAGGUCGCUACUGAUGUCCUUUCGGAUACAGUACAAGCUCUCGAUGCAGUUGCACCGCAAAUUGGUGAAGCAGCAAACAUAGCUGCUGAAGGUACGUUAGAAGGUAUCAAGAAAACAACACCGCUUGUGGCUACUCUAGCCGGAUCAGCCGUUUCUGGUGCGGCAAAAUCAACAUGGUGGGUGGCAAGAUUGUUGGGCAAAGGUAGCUAUGAAGCUGGUAAAUCUGUUAUAUACGGGCUUUCAAAAGGUGUUGCCAUUGGUGCAAAAAGUGCAUAUCAACAUAUGACUAGUAAUGGUAGUGUUAAUAAUGGUGGUGGUGUUAAUAAUAAUGUUAUUAAUGCCAAUAAUAAUAAUAACCGACCAAAUUUACCAAGCAAUUUUAAUUAUCCAUCUCGUGCACCACCAGCACCAUCUCCACAAAGAAGUAAUGAAAUUCGACAAAUUGUUCCUGUUCCUGUUCCUGGUGGUGGUAGUGAUCCUAAUCGAACAUUACGAUAUCUUCCUCAUGGUGGUGGUGGUGGUGGUAUUAGACCAAGUAUUAAUCAACAACAUAGAGAAAUUGUUAGAAUACUACCUCGUCCUGAUCUUCCUGAUAUUGAUGAUUUAUUUAAAUAAUAAAGAUGAAGAAGUAUA